AUGCCUAUUCCUAUUGCACAUAUAGUUUUAGAUAUAGCUGCUAAUGCUGGUCUUGGUUAUUAUCUUUUCACUGAACAAAAAUAGUGCGGUUGUGGAGGUGAUGAUUGCCAUGGAUUGAAGAACUGGGCUUUCUUUGUAUCAAUAGUUCUCUUCGUUUAUGCAGGUUUCCAUACUAUCAUAAUCCUAAACAACUGUUUUAAUAAUUGUUUGAGUAGAAUUCCUAUCAUAUCAGAUAUUUUAUACAAAGUUUCAGAAAAUUGGACAGAUAUCUAUGUUGUUUCUAUGGUUGUUAUAUGGAGUUGGAUUCUCUAUCUGAUUAUCAAAUAUUCUAGCAUUUUUGAUUGCAAUAAAGACUUAGUUAUAGCAUGCGAGGUAUUUGUUGGAUAUUCUAUCAUAAUUUGUUUACUUUAUGGUUUCCAGAGAGACAAAAUCACUUCUUUUUCUAUUUGA